CAUUUUACGACCAGCCGUAUUUCUGUCAGUCCAUCGAGUUUUCAAGUGAACGUGGGGGACCGUGGUUCCGGUGUGAAGCAGCGGCUUUACGCACUCACUCAGGCCGCCAGCAUGCUGUUCCUGAUCGGCCUGGGUCUGGGAGACGCUCGGGACAUCACGGUGAAAGGACUGGAGGCGGUGAAGCGCUGCUCCCGGGUUUAUCUGGAGGCUUACACCGCUGUGCUGACCUGCGGCCAGGAGGCGCUGGAGCGUUUCUAUGGUAAACAGCUGAUUGUAGCUGACAGAGAUCUGGUGGAACAGUCAGCUGAUGAAAUCCUGAAGGACGCUGACGUGGUGGACGUUGCCUUCCUGGUGGUUGGAGAUCCGUUUGGAGCCACCACCCACAGUGACCUGGUCCUCAGAGCAGUGAAUGCUGGGAUACCCUUUAAAGUCAUUCAUAAUGCGUCCAUCAUGAACGCCGUGGGCUGCUGUGGUCUGCAGUUGUAUAAUUUUGGGGAAACCGUGUCGUUGGUCUUUUGGACGGAGACAUGGAAACCAGAGAGUUUCUACGACAAAAUCUGUAAAAACAGACAAGCUGGACUACACACACUGUGUCUGCUGGAUAUUAAAGUGAAAGAGCAGAGCGUCGAGAACAUGAUGAGAGGGAAGAAAAUCUUCGAGCCUCCUCGUUUCAUGACGGUGAGUCAGGCGGCAGAUCAGCUGAUCCAGAUCAUCCAGAGAAGGAGGGGGGAGGAGCAGGGGGCUGAGCUAGGUGUGACAGAGGACACGGUGUGUGUGGGCGUGGCUCGAAUUGGCGCCGAUGAUCAGGUGAUUCGUGUGGCGACAUUGCGUCAGCUGGUGUCAUGUGACCUUGGCGCUCCACUCCAUUCGCUGAUCGUCACAAGUAGACUCCACCCACUGGAGGUGGAGCUACUGCGGGUGAAUGCAGAACCAAACGCACUGGAUCACCUGCAGAUGAUUGACAGCUCCACCUACAGCUCAUAACACAGACACAUAACUGCUCCUCGCGCAAUAAAUUAGCGUGAACUAAAAGGC